UAUGGCUGUUUUUCUAUACCUUUUGAGUUUGGGUGCGAAAGUGCUUUUACUCCUGCUUUUCUUUCUUUUCGUGGCCUUUCUCGGUUUCUGUGUGUAUAUCAAGCAUAUUCAUUUGAAAUAUGACCACAUACCUGGGCCACCACGAGACAGUUUCCUCUUGGGACAUUCACCAACGUUUUUGAAGAUUAUGAAGAAUGGCGGUGUUAUACACGACAAAUUUCGAGAAUGGGCCGAGAUUUACGGACCUGUUUACAGGAUAAACUUGCUUAAUUACGUUUUGGUGUCUGUCACCUGUCCACAGGCGACAAAGGAAAUCCUGAUGUCCUCAAAGUACCCCAAGGAUAAAUUCACCUACGGGAAACUCUUUCACCUGUUUGGUCAAAGAUUUCUAGGCAACGGCCUGGCAACAGCACGGGAUCAUGAGCUGUGGUACAAACAGAGACGGAUCAUGGACCCAGCAUUCAGCACCUUGUAUUUAAGAGGUCUCAUGGGGACCUUCAAUGAAAGGGCAGAGAAACUGAUGGAUAAACUUGCCGAUGCUGCUGAUGAUAAGGCAGAGGUCAGCAUGCUGCAGCUUGUCAACUGUGUUACACUAGAUGUUAUUGCCAAGGUUGCUUUUGGCAAGGAUUUAGACCUGAUGUCGUAUACGUCCCCUUUAACUAAGGCCAUUGGGCUCUGUCUGAAAGGGAUGGUGUACCACGUUAGAGACAAUUUAUUUCAGUUAAAUCCAAAGAACAGACCGAUUAUCAAUGAAGUGAGGGACGCCUGCCGCCUGCUGCGCAAAACCGGAGCUGAGUGGCUCAACAACAGAAAAGUUGCCAUUCAGAAUGGCGAAGAUGUUCCCAAAGACAUCCUCACACAGAUCCUCAAAACUGCUGCCAAAGAGGAAAACAUGACUGAAGAGGAGGAGGAAUUUAUGGUGGACAAUUUUGUGACAUUCUUCAUUGCCGGGCAAGAAACAACAGCCAAUCAACUUGGAUUUUGUAUCAUGGAGCUCGGAAGACAUCCUGAAAUACUGGAGAAAGUGAAGAAAGAAGUGGACGAUGUCAUUGGGAUGAAACAGGAGAUAAGCUACGAUGACCUCGGGAAGCUGAUCUACCUCUCACAGGUGCUGAAAGAAACGCUGAGAAUGUACCCAACAGCACCGGGCACAUCCCGUGACCUUCCUGAAGGUUUGGUCAUUGAUGGUAUCCACGUGCCAAGAGGAGCCACCUGCGUGUUCAGCUCGUUUGUGUGUGGAAGAAUGGAAAGAUUCUUCAAGGACCCACUGACAUUCGAUCCAGACAGAUUUCAUCCGGAUGCUCCCAAGCCUUAUUACUGCUACUACCCCUUUGCCCUUGGUCCACGCUCCUGCCUGGGACAGAACUUUGCACAGAUGGAGGCUAAAGUGGUGAUGGCCAAGCUGCUCCAGAGGUUUGACUUCACUCUCGUCCCGGGGCAGACGUUUGGCAUCGUGGACACCGGCACGCUCAGGCCAAAGAGCGCAGUGGUGUGUUCUGUUAGACACCGAAGAUAUCAAGACUAAACUGACACCUCUGAACCUCUUUUCUCAGCUAGAAUUACUUGUGGUACAAAAUAGUUAUCUUUUUCUACUAAUUUUCUUUUUAUAUAAUUGAUGGAAUUUUAUCCUGUUCAACAUGUAUAAUUAACCUAGCAUAAAGUAUUUUUUUAACUGUUAUUACUUUUUACUAAUCACCAAAUUGUUGAUGCCUCUA